UGUGUGAAACACAAAGAUCGAGAAUCUGACUGCUCACUCUGUACAUAAACAUUUGUCUCCUCUUCCUUCCCUCUCCUUUACUCUCUCUCUCCUUCUUUAGUUCAAAAACACUCUCUUUAGCUCUCCUUCUCUGCUUCUGGAGUCCACCAUACAAACCACAACAACCCAAAACAAAACGAAAUAACCCCAUCAUUCAGUAAACCUUCCUAUCUUUGCUCUACAUUUCACCAUCCUUCCUAUCUUUGGUCUACAUUUCACCUUCCUCACUUUGUUUUCUGUUUGUUUCAGCUCUGGGUUUAAGCAAAACCAACAACAACAAACCCUAAAUAACCCACCCACAUUCUCCUCCAUUUACACUCCAAAGCACUAAAGGAUUAGAGGCUUUUGCUUUCUGAACAGCCUAAAGAUGCAAACUUCAAAAAAGCCCAUUUUUCUGUUUUUGAUUUUAACCAGUGUUGUAGCUUUUGUAACCUCCAAAUCAACAAUUGAACCAUGUUCAAAUAACGAUUCUUGCAAUGCUCUUCUUGGUUACACACUCUACACAGAUCUUAAAGUCUCUGAAGUUGCUUCUCUUUUUCAAAUUGACCCAGUUGCUCUCCUCACUGCAAACUCUAUUGACAUCUCUUACCCAGAUGUUGAGAACCAUAUUCUUCCUUCUCACCUCUUUCUCAAAAUUCCAAUUACUUGCUCUUGUGUUGAUGGGAUUAGAAAAUCUGUUUCUACUCAUUACAAGACUAGGCCUUCGGAUACUUUGGCUUCCAUUGCUGAUUCUGUUUAUUCAGGUUUGGUGUCUGCUGAUCAGAUAAAGGAGGCUAAUUCCAUCCAGGAUCCUUCUGCUCUUGAUGUUGGGCAGAGUCUUGUUGUGCCAUUGCCUUGUACUUGCUUUAAUGGCACUGAUAACUCGUUGCCUGCUAUUUAUUUGUCUUAUGUUGUGAAAGAUGUGGAUACUUUGGCUGGGAUUGCUUCUAGGUAUUCUACUACUAUUACUGACUUGAUGAAUGUUAAUGCUAUGGGGAAUCCUUCUAUCAAGCCUGCUGAUAUUCUUGCUGUGCCUUUGCCCGCAUGUGCUUCUAAGUUUCCUAAUUACGCCUUAGAUUAUGGCCUGAUUGUGCCAAAUGGGAGCUAUGCUAUUUCUGCAAGUCAUUGUGUGCAAUGCAGCUGCGGACCAGGAAAUCUUGAUUUGUACUGCAUGCCUGCUUCCUUGGCGGUAUCUUGUUCUAGCAUGCAGUGUCGGAAUAGCAAUCUCAUGCUUGGGAAUGUCACAUGGCAGCUGAGUAGUGCCGGUUGUAAAGUGACUUCUUGUGCUUACGGUGGAUUUGUCAAUGGCAGCAUUGUGGCUACGUUAUCCACGUCUCUUCAGCCUAGAUGCCCAGGUCCACAGCAAUUUCCUGCACUUGUAGCCCCACCUACUACGGUGACCAGGGACUCAACAUUUGGCCAAGCUCCGGCACCUUCACCUCAGUCAGAUGGUUCGGGUACGACAAUGCCUAAAACUACUGUGCCAACAACCGGAUCACUUCCUGGAUUAGCCCCUAUGGGUGGUCCAAUAGGAGGUGCAUCUGGUGCUUGCUCCUUGGUGAAUCCAUUAGCUGCUUCACUUAUUGCACUUACGCUAUACAUUUCAGUUUCCAACUUCAUGAUCUUCCUUCCAUUGUAAUUUUGCCAUGAGUUGCCGGUCCAGAUGGUGGGAUUUUGGUCAGCUUUGUGACUUAAUUUUCGACAGGUCCCACUAGUCUGUUGUAGUUAGUUAGCCUUCUUUAAUUUAUUUUUACCCGUGAACCAAUUCGUCGAUGCGGGAGUGAUAGGCUACCAUUCCGCCUAGCUACUAUUUUGUCGUGCUGGCUUGCUGUAUUGUGUACGUUGAAGUGAAUGCCGUCGGUUUUUUGGUCA